AUGGCCCAAGAUGGCUCCCUGCACUUGUCCAGGCCUCUCGGUCCUGCUGCUGUCGGUGCCCAACCCACAGUUGCUCCUCUUCGUGUCGUGAUACAACCACAGGCCCUAUUCUCUAUCCUCGACCACUGCUCCCGUCGCCCACCAGACCAACAACGAGUCAUUGGCACCCUACUAGGAACUCGCUCCGAUGCCGAUGAAUCCCAAGUCGUCGUCCACUCCUCCUUCGCCGUCAGCCACACCGAGACGACCGACCAGGUCGAAGUCGACAUGGAAUAUCAAAAGGCCAUGUUGGCACUGCACCUGCGUGCCAACCCGAAAGAAGUCCUGGUUGGCUGGUAUGCGACCAGUUCGGAACUCAACACUUUCUCGGCUUUGAUCCAAAACCACUACAGCAGUCAGGGCGAAGGCACUUUCCCUUACCCUGCCGUCCACGUCACGGUCUCGAGCCAGCCAGGCAAGGACGUCGAAGUCAGGACCUACAUAUCGUCCCCCGUGGGCGUGAGCCCCGAACGAGCCGCCGACUCCGCCGCAUUCAUCCCCGUACCGUAUACAAUCCACUACAACGAUGCCGACCGCGCAGGAGUGGACACGAUCCAGAAUGCCAAAGACUCAGAGACGAGGACAGGCGCCGCACUGACAGACAUUGAACAUCUUGAACGAUCGCUAGAAGACACAUUGGGCAUGUUGGACCGGGUCGCCAAGUAUGUGGAGAACGUGAUUGAAGAAGAAGAGGAGCCCUCGACCGCACUCGGACAAUUUCUUCUCAAUACACUCGCGCUCGCGCCCAAGGUCGACCCGGCCGAGAUUGAAAAGGACUUCAACAAUCAUAUUCAAGACGUGCUCACUGUUUCAUAUCUCGCUAACAUGGUUCGCACACAGAUGGACCUGUCCAACAGACUAGCAACAGCACAAUUGACGAUUGGUGGAGGGGAGAACACAGGAGCAGGCUCAAAUGAGAAAGAAGGUGGACGAGGCGAUCGGAGACAGAACAGACGGGAAGGAGGUGGGCAGACCCGACAGAAUCGAGGAGACAGCUUGUCAGUAGCCAAUUUGUGA